GCCAUCUCCGGAAGCUACAAGUCAGCUGCUGGAAGCCGAGCAGUGGGUGUUUAUCCCUACACUAACUGGAUGGGUAUCGUUGACAAAUUCUAGGCUUUUUGUCCUGUUACCACUGUUACAGUUACUAGUAAAUAAGCUCCUGGACCCGACAGACUGAAGGAUGAAGUCUGUGUUUCUGCUUGAGUUUUUUUCCGUGCUGUGUUUUGUGCUGCUUUCAACAGUGACAGCGAAGAACUCAGAGGAUAUCCGCUGUAAAUGCAUUUGCCCGCCAUACAGAGAUGUGGAAGGACAAAUCUACAAACAAAAUGUCUCUCUCAAAGACUGUAAUUGUCUCCAUGUAGUUGAACCCAUGCCCGUUGAGGGGAAAGAUGUGGAGGCCUACUGUUUACGUUGUGAGUGUAAAUAUGAGGAGAGGAGCUCUGGGACCAUCAAGUUUACCAUCAUAAUGUACCUGUCUAUAUUGGGCCUGCUGCUCCUCUACAUGGUCUACCUGACUCUGUUGGAGCCCAUGUUGAAGAGGAGACUAUUUGGACACUCCCAGCUCAUCCAAAAUGAUGACGAUGUCGGGGACCAGCAGCCUUUUGCCAACGCUCACAACGUCCUGUCCCGUUCGCACUCUCGACCUAACAUGCUGAACAAAGUGGAACACGCUCAGCAACGCUGGAGGAGGCAGGUCCAGGAACAGAGGAAGUCUGUGUUUGACCGUCACGUCGUCCUCAGUUAAAUUGCUUUGUGAGAAAGAGUAACCGGUGGAGCAAAAAACACUGUGUCACAGCCCUCAGUUUAUAUCUCUACCUUGUCUCAUAUGUGGUUUGAAACUCAUCAACUGUGACUCCUCUGAGGUGAACACGGUCAACAAAUCUAGGGGUCUGUAAAGCACAAGUCCCUGGCAGAUUUAUAAACAGAGCUGGAAAGAGAGAUUACAGAGAGAAACAGAGAUUACACAAGAAAUGACAGUGAAUUCAUCUUUGCACAAUACUGAAUGAAGAGUCUUUAGUAGCAUUUCCAAAAGCAGAAGUUAAUUUCUGCCUGAUGUCCAAUUUGCAGAAGUGCCAAGUCACCCAAAAAAUUGCAAACAACAGUCGUAAUGAGAUAUAAAAAAUACCACAAGAAAAUAAAUCUUUUAAGAGAAUGUUUUAUACCAUCAUCAUCAGUCUGUCAUUUUCUGUAUGGCCUCAGUGUCCAGUGAAGUCCCAUCUGCACAAAGUUGACCAAAUAUUACAAUCUUACAAUGUUUCAAGCCCAACUGUGUUUUUUAGAGGUAAACCUUCAGAUGUUGGUUGGUGCCGUUCGACAUGACUGGAUCAAUGGACCAACCCUCUGGCUGCUGUAAUGCUCUGUUACUUAUAUCCACCCAAAACUAUACCUUUGAACAGUUACUGUCACCCCAGGGGAAAGGAAAUGGUGUAAAAUAAAAGCCUGUCAGCCUUUGGAAAUGCAUGUUUUAUAAUAAAUCCUUUUAUAAAUGUUUUUGAUCCAUUCUUCAUCUCUGCCAUAACCUUUAACGUCUUAUAACUGGUGUGAAAUCAAUCAUUUAAUGCAUUAAAUUAUAUUUGAUAUCUGAAAGUAGUUUCAAUUAAUCUCUUUGCAGGAAUUGAUGCAAUUUCUUGUUGAUGUCAUAGUUAACGUAGCUGUGCUAUUGACCCUCAUCUGUUGAAGACCCUAAUGAAGUCAGUGCCCUCUUCAACUGCCUAAACAGAUACGGUGUACAUAUUUUAUGUUUCUGGCACUAGUGCUUGGUCUAACAUCAGUUCCCCUGUCAAAGUCCUAAAUAAUAUUGUUGUAAAGGCUGCAUUGGUAUUGGUUUGAAAGAUAUGAGUAAAAGUUUACUUUGGAGUGGAUAAGUAUGCCAUUGGGAGACUUAUGAAAGUGUUCUUAAACUGAUGUACUUGUGAAACCUUUAACUUUGAAAUAAAUUCAUGUAAUAUUUGUGA